AUGCAAACUCAUACCGUCUUGUCUUCCGCUCCCACUCUCGAGGAGGUGUCUCCUCUCGAGCCCUCCUCUCCUACUGCUAUGUCGGUUUCUGACCCUUCCAUCAUGGUUGUCCCGACUACUCAUAUGUCUGCCACAUCUCACACUCCUCACCCCAUGGAAGAUCUUUACUACCCUCACCCAGUCGUCCAGGACAUAUUGUGGGCAGCUCUUGACAAGUUUGUGGAGCCUAUACUCAUGAGAUGGCCUGGGAAAAAGUUGCGAGAGAAGGCUCUUCGCACUGCAAUGGAACACAUCCAUUAUGAGGAUGAUAGUACUCGCUAUAUAUGCAUAGGGCCUGUAAACAAGGUGUUAAAUAUGCUCUGCUGCUGGGCAGAAGAUCCAAACUCAGAGGCUUUCAAGCUACACCUCCCAAGGAUACAUGAUUAUCUUUGGCUUGCUGAAGAUGGCAUGAAAAUGCAGGGUUACAAUGGUAGUCAACUUUGGGAUACCGCAUUCACCAUUCAAGCAAUUAUUUCUACAAACCUCAUCGAAGAGUUUGGUCCAACACUGAAAAAAGGACACAUGUUCAUAAAGAAGUCACAGGUGUUGGAUAACUGGCCUGGCGAUCUUGAUUAUUGGUAUCGUCAUAUUUCAAAAGGUGGAUGGCCUUUCUCAACAGCAGAUCAAGGAUGGCUCAUUUCAGAUUGUACUGCAGAAGGGCUCAAGGCUGCACUCUUGCUUUCAAAAUUGCCAUCAGAUAUUGUUGACGAGCCAUUGGAUGCAAAGAGAUUUUAUGAUGCUGUCAAUGUUAUUUUAUCUUUACAGAAUUCAGAUGGUAGUUUUGCAACAUAUGAACUGACAAGAUCCUACAGCUGGUUGGAGUUGAUCAAUCCUGCUGAAACUUUUGGUGACAUUGUCAUUGACUACCCAUAUGUAGAGUGUACUUCAUCUGCAAUUGAUGCUCUGGUGGCAUUUAAGAUAUUGUACCCUGGGCAUAGGCAAGAAGAAGUACAACGUUGUAUUGAUAAAGCUGCCGCCUUUAUCGAAAAAAUACAAGAACCAGAUGGUUCAUGGUACGGUUCCUGGGGAGUUUGCUUCAUAUAUGGCACAUGGUUUGGAGGGGAUGGGGAGAGAGCUAUCUCUCUUGUCAAAACAAGGUGUAUACCAAUCUUGAGGGGAAUCGAUCUCACGUUGUAA